AAAAAGUUCUUAAAAAAAAAAAAAUCUAAUAAAGCUCCCUUCUUUUACUAUUACAACUCUCAAUUUCUCACCGGAAAACCCGCAGGCUCUCUAGCCGGAAUCGGAAUCGGGUCGGGUUGGCGGGGUUGCUCCACUUUUGACUUUGCGUCUUCACGAAGCUGAACCUCGAAGCUCAAAGCUGCUCGCUUGCUUCUUCUUCUUCUUCUCCUCUGCUCGGAGCUUUCAGUCUCUUGGGUUCCCAUUUUUGACCGUCUCUCUGUAUAAUGGGUUGUGCUGGAUCGUCACAGACCAAAGGAGACGGGGCUUUGAAGAAGAUUAGGAAGCCAAAACCCUGGAAGCAUCCUCAGCCGUUAACAAAGUCUCAACUCUUGCAGAUGCGUGAAGAGUUUUGGGACACUGCUCCUCACUAUGGAGGAAGGAAAGAGAUUUGGGAUGCACUUCGAGCUGCUUCUGAGGCAGAUCUAAGCCUUGCACAAGCGAUUGUGGACAGUGCUGGGGUCAUUGUUCAAAGUGCUGAUUUGACAAUUUGCUAUGACGAAAGAGGUGCAAAAUAUGAACUACCCAAGUAUGUUUUGAGCGAGCCAACCAACUUAAUUCAAGAGAGUUGACUCGAGAGAGGAUAUGACAAACUUUGUUCACAAGAUCGAUUGUAAAUCAUGUAUAUUUUUCUCUCGUCUCUACCAUAUCUUAAAUAGAGAUGGUCACUUGUACGCCUUUCCUUUCACAUUCACUUGAAUUCUUCUUAGUUUUCUGCAAGUUUCUUCAGUUAAGUGAACAGUAACGCAAGUGUUUGAAUUUUA